ACGCAGGCUGGGAUAGUAAUUACAAUCCUAUGGGCAGAGCGCGAACAUAUUACUGGUUGUUGCUGCAUUACCCGAGUCUCAAAUAUAUGUAUGUAUUUGUUAUCUAACAUGAGGCAUUUAAUACAGAGAUAUUUAAACUGAAGAGCCUCUGUACGUCGUGCCUCGUCACUGGGAAUCUCCCCUUUUUCCUGCCUGGCGUUUGUUUUAGCUGGAAGUCUACCGUGGAUCGGUUGUUACACAGGCCGCGGGUCGGGUCUUGUUGCUGGGAGGAGACCAUUCAGAAUCUCUGCUAGCAUUAAUAGCUGGCUAUGAUGCGUCGCUGCCGCUGGUAUAUUUUCUACACAGCAGGCCAUUAUACAGCGAGGCAGGUCCUUGGUUAAUUGUUUAGCCGGACGGAACUGAAGGGUGACUUGGAAAUACACUGCACCUUUCAAGGAUGGAUGUUGAUUUGUGCGCUGAUGGGGACAGCACCAGGAGAAAAGCAGAUCUGGCUGGGGUUGCAGAAGGCACAAUGGAUGUGGUCCCACCGGAGAUGUAUGACUCCGCCAGAGCCAAAAUAGCUGCCAACCUGCAGUGGCUGUUUGCCAAAGCCUAUGGCAUUGACCAUAUUCCAGAGGACUUAAGGGAUCCGUUCUACACAGACCAGUAUGACCAGGAGCACAUCAAGCCGCCUGUCAUCCGCCUGCUGCUGUCUUGUGAACUCUACUGUCGUGUCUGCGCCCUCAUCCUCAAGACGGAGCAGGCAGCUUCUCUUCAGUCCCACCUGUCUGUCAUCCAGGCUCUGUCCAGGAAGGGAAUAUAUGUUGUGGAGAGUGACGAUACACCUGUCACAGAGGGGGACCUGGCCUGUGUGCCCAUCAAAAUGAGUGCUCACAUGCCCAUGAUUGAUGCCCUGAUGAUGGCCUACACAGUUGAAAUGAUCAGCAUUGAGAAAGUGGUGGCUUCUGUUAAGCGCUUCUCUACCUUCAGUGCCUCAAAGGAGCUGCCCUUUGACCUGGAGGACGCAAUGGUCUUCUGGAUCAACAAGGUGAACAUGAAGAUGAGGGAGAUUAUGGAGAAGGAGCAUAAGGCCAAGCACCACCCACUGGAGUCCCCCAGCCAUCAAAAGCCUGAUGCCAUGCACAAGCUGGCCCACUGCAUGCUGGAGCCAGAGGAGCUCUCCAAAGCAGAGCACUGUUGCCUUCUAGUGCGAUAUCGUCGGGAACACGCUUCAGGCCGACAGCUGCCCUUCUUCCCGAUGCUAGAAGACCUGAUGAGGGAUGUUUGUGAUGGAGCUGCACUGCUCGCUGUGGUCCAUUACUACUGUCCAGACCUUGUGAAGCUGGAGGAUAUUUGCCUGAAAGAAGUUCCUUCCAUUGCUGAUAGCCUAUACAACAUCCAGCUGCUUAGAGAGUUCGCCAACGAGUAUCUGAAUAAAAGUUUCUAUCUGACGACAGAGGACCUUCUCUACGCACCGCUCGUGCUCAAGCACAAUGUGAUGGUGUUCAUUGCUGAACUCUUCUGGUGGUUUGAGACUGUCAAGCCAGAGUUUGUCCAGCCCAGAGAUAUCCAGGAGUUCAAAGAUGCUCGAGCCAUAGCUCAGCCCAAGAGUGCCCGUCCCUCAGUGCCCAUCUCUAACGCCACUAAGCGCAGCUUCCUGGCCAACCCUGGUGUCUCCGAUAACCAGAGCAGCCCUGAAGUCUGUAACAGGUACUUCCUGCAUCCUGAAGACUCUGACCCCCUGAUGUCUUGGGUGCGACUUUGGGUCAUCCUACGAGGAGAGGAUGGUGCGGAUUUGAGAAACCGUUCAAACUCCCUGAGCCAGAUGGACAGACAACCCCAAGGCUCUGUUGUUGCAUGGCCCGACAAAAGGCAAAGACCUAUAUCCACACUGGGCCCCUACAUGUUGCAUUCAGCCACAGAUAGUGAUGCAGACAUGGCCUCUGGUGACAGUGUGAGUUUGGCUCGCUCCAUAAGUAAGGACAGCCUGGCAUCUAAUGUCAUUAAUGUUACACCCAAACACCAGACGUCUGUCCACCAGCCCUCACAGGCUGCAAUGCGCAGAGUCAACGGCCACAGCCUGCUGGGCAAUGCCAACAUUGAGGAUGAAGAAGAAACUCCAGGGACGGUUGCCAGGACUGAUAGUCCUGUCAUCGCAAAACGGGCUGAUGGGACACAAGCGACUGCCAAAGUGGGAUCCAAACCUACCACUGAGUCCAGCCCUGCAUCAGAUAGCUUUUACCUUGAACCACUGAUGCCUGCCAUACUCAAAACAGCUAAAGAAAAGUCUAUAUGCCUAAACAAGGAGGAGGAGAGUGGUGAGGGGCCUCGGUCCUCAGGAAGGGGCUCUUUACGCCAUGGGGAUGGAUCUACAUCAGCUAUUCGUAGGAAAGCUCCUUGCAAUCUGAGACAAACCUUUAUCCCUCCAGGUGAGGAGGCAGAUCUGGCCGAUGUCCCUCCCCAGGGUCAGACUGAUUUCAGGCCUGUUGUGCCUAGCAGUGUGGACUCCUCGUCCAAAGAACCAGCCGAAGGUUUCUACCUGCAUUUAGGCUCUGAAGAACCAAAGUCUGGCCAGGGCUUGGACGCUGGGCUGGAAGACCUGGAUGAGGAGGAAGAGGAUUUGGACGAAGCUGUUACCACUAAAGACCCCAACCGACCCAGGAAAGCCUUCAAUGAGGAAGAUGAAGAAGAAGAAUCAGCCAAACUACAAGAAGACUUGAAUGUGAAAGAGCAUGUGGACAAAGAUCUGAAUGGUGGCAGUGGUCGUUCUAGCCCAUGUCUCAGCGCUCACUCCCAGGCCAGCAGCAUGGCCAGUGGCAGUGUGCGUAUGACCUCCUUCGCAGAGCGCAAAGCCCAGAAGCAGCGUUUCGGCAGCAACCAUGACCUAUGCACCAGUGCUUCCAGCUCCCAAAGGACCACUCCAGAUGGAUCAGAGAGCAGUGGCCCCCUGGCUUCCUCCUGGAAGCUUAAAAGAGACCAGAGCCCCUCCUCACCUUUGGGAGGAUGUGGUGGUGCUAAUGUACUGGCUUCUGAACUUGUCCAGCUCCGUAUGCAGCUUGAGGAGAAGCGACGUGCCAUUGAGCACCAGAAGAAGAAGAUGGAAGUGCUGUCAGCGAGGCAGAGGCAGAAGCUGGGAAAGGCAGCCUUCCUGCACAUUGUAAAGAAAGGGGGAGGCAAGAGCGACACAUUACCCAACCCACUUAAAGCUGACCUCUCUAAAGACGAGCUCAAUGGGGAGAAAGGACCAUCAAGUAAAGAUGAUAUGUGUGUUGAUGCCCUGAGGGGGACCAAAGAGGUGGAGGGAAUCACCCCGCCAGGUGCCUUAGAUGCAGACAAGAAAGGGAACAAUGGAAGCUUCUAUCUAGAUGAAGACUUGGACCUGAAUGAGUGCAGUCGCUCCAUCGAACUGCUGAAUGAAGCCAUCGGCAGCAUCCAGCAGCAGAUGAUGCAGCUGUCACUGCAACAGGAGAUGUUGAUGAAACAGAAUGUACAGUCCCCUCCUAGUGCAGCUCCACAUCCUCCUCUCACCAGUGACAAAAAUGGUGACUCGAAGGUGGGGGCAAGCUUUCACUUUGUGGAGCAUGUUUCUGGCACUGGGACCGCCCCUACCAGAAAACCCCCCAAGCUGAGCUCUGGCCGGACUUCCAGGUCCAAACCAUCAGAGCUAAAGGUAGCCAAGGAGCAGAGCCGGCAGGCCUCUAGGACCCUCACCCCCACCCACAGUGGGUCAGAGACAGUACCACACCCAAGGCUGUUAGCUGGGGGCAGGUCCCCCAGGACUGAGCAGCCAGACAGCCCCAGAAACCCCACAGCAGCAGAGACAAUCAACAGGCCGGGCUCUGGCCAUGUUCAGAGCGCUGCCUUCCGGCUACACGAUGAGGCGAACGUGCGCCUGCCCACCCGAGUGGACCUGUCGGCAGUGGCUGCUUCAGAAGUGUCCUUUGGUGAGUGCCUGUCCAGCACGCUGAGAGAGUCUGAGCUCAAUUCUUCAGAUGGUUCUGGGAAGGAGACUCUACCAUCAGAGGAGGUGCAGCUUAACAAAGCCCACCUGAUUGAAGUUGAUCUGUCAGACCUGAAAGCUCCUGAGGAGGAGGAGGCUGCUGAGGACCAAGCGACAGAGGGAGGUGAUGGAGAGCAGAAGUCAGUCAUGGGCUUCUUCUUCAAGGAUGAGCAGAAGGCAGAGGAUGAGCUUGCUAAGAAGCGAGCAGCAUUCUUGCUGAAGCAGCAGAAGAAAGCUGAGGAAGCUCGACUCCGUAAACAGCAACUAGAAGCAGAAUCUGAGCUCAAGCGAGAUGAAGCCAGACGGAAGGCUGAGGAGGAGCGCCUGCGUAAAGAAGAGGAGAAGACACGGCGGGAGCUGAUAAAGCAGGAGUAUCUGCGGAGAAAGCAGCAGGAGAUGAUUGAGGAGCAAGGUCUCGUGAAGCCCAAAAACCCCAAGCUGAAGCAGAAACACAGACCCAAGACCGUCUUCAGAGAGGAAUCCUCCAUUGAAAAUUUCUCCAAGUGCUCUUCCACACUUGACAACCUGAGCAACGCCCAGUCAGGCUCCAGUCUGUCCCUGGCCUCCGCCGCUACCAAUGAGGCUGACAGCGUCAACUCUGGAGGGGCUGGCUCCCAACGCUGUGACUCUGUGGAGUCGUUUCCAGGCAGUCGUAACAACAGUCGAGCUGCAGAAAGAGACUGGGACAACGGCUCCACUGCAUCUUCCAUCACUUCCAUGGCUGAAUACACUGGUCCCAAACUCUUCAAGGAGCCCAGCGCCAAGUCAAACAAGCCAAUCAUCCACAAUGCAAUCUCGCACUGCUGCCUGGCUGGCAAAGUCAAUGAGCCCCAGAAGAACCAGAUCCUAGAGGAGCUGGAGAAGUGUGAGUCCAACCACCUGAUGAUCCUGUUUCGUGACGGCGGCUGUCAGUUCCGGGCGCUCUACUCGUACUUCCCUGACACUGAGGAGAUACAGAAGCUGACGGGCACCGGGCCCAAGAGCAUCAGCAAGAAGAUGAUCGACAAGCUGUACAAGUACAACUCAGACCGAAAGCAGUUCACCGUCAUCCCUGCCAAGACUGUGUCAGUCAGUGUGGAUGCCCUGACCAUCCACAACCACCUGUGGCAGGCCAAGAGAGGUGCUGUGCCAAAGAAAAGUGGAAAAUAGCAGGCCGGAGUUGGAACCCUCUAACAUCCAAAUCAUCUUAUGCCCAUUUUGCUCGUUUCCUGAAUAGACUACAUUGAUGCCCACAGCCAUGCUCAGUCUGGAAACCCACUCAGGAGGGGGCACAUCUUUUGGCGUGGGGCCUUCUGUAGGUGGACCAAGGCUGAAACCAGGGGAAAGGGAAAGAUAUGUGCGUGUCAGAGGUGGUCUGAGAGACCGGUGCUUGCAACAUACAGAGUAAUGCCGGCUGAUUUAGUGUCUUCUUCCAGUGAUCUCAGUGCAAUCUGUUCAGAUUUCUUUUGGUCCGGCUCCGGUUUAGUACAACAACCGUGACGCAAGCAUGUGGCAUUUUUUUCCUCUGUCUCUCUUCAUAUGUGGUGGAUGUUCAUUUUGACAUGAAGUAUUUAUUGGUUCAGCACUGUCAUGGCUGAGAGCUCAGGUGCAGCACUAAAAUCCUUCCUUUUCUCUGGAAACGCCUCGUCUUUGGACAAAAGGAGGGAAACAUUAGGGGAUUUCUGCCGCUCUAUUCAGAAAGCCUGAAGCAAAGGAACCUUUUGUACAACCCUUUAGGACUGUCGAGCUGCUCUGCUGUCCCAACAAAAACUGUCUUUUCCUGCGUGGAUGGUUGAAUCAGGCUGGCAUUGCCAAAUUUGCCUCACCAGGGAUCUCCAAAAAAACCCGCUGCACUGAACUGUCAUCUUCUUUUAUCACAGGGGAGUGCGUCAGGUCUCCUCAGACAUCCGUUGGCCUUUCACGCAUCAUGGUACUGUCGUCUGUUUAUUGAACCGCUUUUUAAAGUAGGCGCUGAUUGUGUAGCACUGGAUAUGUGUAUUAGCAAAAAAAAAAACAAACAAAAAAAAACAUGUCGACGGUCAUUUUAAACACUUUUAUUUGUCGAACCAUCCUUUUUCUCCUAGGUGUCAAGAGAAGAUGAAUGAUGAGCUUUGGUACAGAAACAAUUUUUUUUUUUUUUUUUUUUUGUUAUUG